GGAUCACACGUGACCCACAGCCCUUAGCUGGACACAUGCCACGGCCACCGACAGACAGUUACAUCCCUAGUGGGAUGAACGAGAGAGAUUACGUCCGUGCUUUUGAUAGCAUUCAGGCUGAUAUUGAUGCGACCGUGCCUGAGAUUCAGGAUCAGGUGGCGUUAGGGCUCCUCGGCAGGAUCAAGAAGACCAUAGCACAGGUGUUUCAUAAGACUCACGUCGACGAGUUCGCAGGCCGUGAGGACAGGUCUCGAUCAUUUGGGCAAGCGUACACUCGGCGCCGACGGCCACGUGACGAUGACGGCGGCACUUCGCAUGCUGAUGGAGCCGGCACUUCGCAUGCUGAUGGAGCCGGAACUUCACAUGCUGAUGAAGCCGGCACUUCACAUGCUGAUGGAGCCGGCACUUCACAUGCUGAUGGAGCCGGCACUUCGCAGCCUCACACACAGCCGGAUACUCAGAUAGUCGAGGCUCAUCAGCGCGGGGGGCGGGGAAGAGCGAGGGGGAGGGGGAAGAGAGGGAGAGGAAGGAGAGGAGCUAUAUUGGGUUGUAUUUGAACUUAUUUUGUUAAAAUUUGUAAAUUGUAUGAAUUUUCAAAUACUAUACUUU